AUGAAGAGGGCACCACUUGCACAUUCCCAUGAGUUUGCCUUGAAGGAGACCUCUCCCAACAUUGGGGCAGGGGCAAUCACAAGGGACAAGCUAUCAUGCACCUAUGACCUUGUUGAACAGAUGCAGUACCUCUACGUUCGCGUGGUCAAAGCCAUGGACUUACCUGCAAAAGAUGUCACUGGAAGUCUUGAUCCCUAUGUUGAAGUGAGGCUUGGAAACUACAAGGGACUCACCAAGCAUUUUGAGAAGAAGUCCAACCCUGAGUGGAAUCAGGUCUUUGCCUUCUCAAAAGAUCGGAUUCAAGCCUCAGCGUUGGAGGUUAUUGUCAAAGAUAAGGAUGUUAUUUCAGAUGACUUUGUGGGGAGGGUGUGGUUUGAUCUGAAUGAGAUCCCAAAACGUGUUCCCCCAGACAGUCCUUUGGCUCCACAAUGGUACAGACUGGAAGAUCGCAAGGGUGUAAAGGCCAAAGGAGAGUUGAUGCUUGCAGUUUGGAUGGGGACUCAAGCAGAUGAGGCAUUUCCUGAUUCAUGGCACUCUGAUGCAGCAAUGGUUGGCUCUGAAGCAGUUGCAAACAUAAGGUCAAAAGUUUACCUCUCUCCCAAGCUUUGGUAUGUCAGGGUCAAUGUGAUUGAAGCGCAGGACUUGAUUCCAAGUGACAAGAGCCGGUAUCCUGAAGUUUUUGUGAAGGUUAAUCUGGGGAGCCAGUUUUUGAGAACUAGAGUGUCUCAAAGUAAAACCAUAAAUCCUAUGUGGAAUGAGGAUUUGAUGUUGGUUGCUGCGGAGCCGUUUGAGGAGCCCCUGAUUCUGACCGUGGAAGACAGGCUUGGACCAAACAAAGAUGAGAUCCUGGGAAGGUGUGUGAUCCCUUUGCAGAUUGUCCAACGGAGGCUGGAUCAUAAGCCUGUGAACACCAGGUGGUUUAAUCUUGAGAAGCAUGUGGUUGUUGAAGGGGAGAAGGAGAUCAAAUUUGCAAGCAAGAUACAUUUGAGGGUGUGCUUGGAUGGUGGGUUCCAUGUGUUGGAUGAGUCAACUCACUACAGUAGUGAUCUUAGACCAACUGCUAAGCAGCUAUGGAAGCCUAGCAUUGGAAUUCUAGAAGUCGGGAUUAUAAGUGCUCUAGGGCUUAUGCCAAUGAAGACAAGAGAUGGUAGAGGAACCACAGAUGCUUAUUGUGUGGCAAAAUAUGGGCAGAAGUGGAUCCGCACCAGGACUAUUGUAGAUAGCUUCACUCCAAAGUGGAAUGAGCAGUACACUUGGGAAGUGUUUGAUCCAUGCACUGUUAUUACCAUAGGAGUCUUUGACAAUGGUCGUGUACAAGGAGGAGGAGAUAAAGCUAGUGAAUCAAAGGAUUCUAGGAUAGGGAAGGUGAGAAUUAGGCUAUCCACGCUUGAAGCUGAUAGAGUUUACACACAUUCAUAUCCCCUUUUAGUACUUCAUACUUCAGGUUUGAAGAAAACAGGAGAAGUGCAAUUGGCUGUGAGGUUCACAAGCUCAUCUUUCAUCAAUAUUUUGUACAUGUAUUCCCAGCCUUUGUUGCCAAAGAUGCACUACAUCCAUCCUCUAUCGGUGGUUCAGCUGGACAGUCUGAGGCAUCAGGCCAUGCAGAUUGUAUCCAUGAGGUUGAACAGAGCUGAGCCACCCCUAAGGAAAGAGGUUGUAGAAUACAUGCUUGAUGUGGACUCACAUAUGUGGAGUAUGAGGAGGAGCAAAGCUAAUUUCUUCAGGAUUAUGAAAGUUCUAGGUGGUUUGAUAGCCUUUGGGAGGUGGUUUGAUCAGAUAUGCAAUUGGAAAAACCCCAUCACCACCGUACUAAUUCAUGUCCUCUUCAUAAUACUGGCUCUUUAUCCUGAGCUAAUACUUCCCACAAUCUUUUUGUAUCUAUUCUUGAUUGGAAUCUGGAACUUCAGAUGGAGGCCUAGACACCCUCCACACAUGGACACUAGACUGUCUCAUGCUGAUGCUGCUCAUCCUGAUGAAUUAGAUGAAGAGUUUGAUUCAUUCCCAACUUCGAGGUCACCAGAUAUAGUUAGGAUGAGAUAUGAUCGUUUAAGAAGCAUUGCAGGGAGAGUCCAAAGUGUUGUAGGAGACUUAGGUACACAAGGAGAAAGGUUCCAAAGUCUGCUAAGCUGGAGAGAUCCAAGGGCUACUACACUCUUCGUGACAUUCUGUUUCAUUGCUGCUAUAGUUCUCUAUGUUACUCCCUUUCAGGUAGUGUCCCUUCUCAUUGGCUUCUAUAUGCUAAGGCACCCCAGAUUCCGCAGGAGAUUUCCAUCGGUCCCACUCAACUUCUUCAGGAGGUUGCCUGCUAGAUCAGACAGCAUGUUGUAA